AUGUCGAAUUUGAAUCUCGGGUUAAAUGAACGAUUUGUCAAUCUGAAGGACAAGCGCCCUGUUGAUGUAUGGGAGGAACUAUGGCAGGAAGAAAAGACCCCUUGGGAUAGAGGGGUACACAAUCCAGCUUUGGAAGACACCCUGGAACAAAAGUCCGACAUUUUAGGAAAUGCUAUUAUAAAGACCGAAACCGGAGAGAAACAGCGCAAGAAGGCUCUUGUGCCUGGGUGUGGCAGGGGCGUGGAUUGCUUUCUACUUGCAUCUUUUGGAUAUGACGCCUAUGGCCUGGAAUACAGCACCACGGCCUUGGAGGAGUGCCAGAAGGAGGCAGCUAAGUAUGGAGAUUCGGUGAAGCCUAGGGAUGAAGAAGUCGGAAGCGGGAAAGUCGUGUUCUUGCAGGGAGAUUUCUUCAAAGACGAUUGGCUAAAGAAAGCUGGGUUGGAGGAAGGCGGUUUUGAUCUGAUUUAUGAUUAUACUUUUUUCUGCGCUCUCAACCCUAUUUUGCGUCCAGAAUGGGCUCUUCGACACUCGCAGCUACUUGCACAAUCCCCGCGAGGUCAUCUAAUUUGUCUUGAGUUUCCAACAAUGAAGGAUCCCACUCUUGGGGGGCCACCGUUUGCCUCUACCCCCGAAGCGUAUCUCGAACACCUGAGUAAUCCCGGUGAAGAAAUUCCAUAUGAUGAUAAGGGCAAUGUUCAGGUCGGCUUGGCCAACAAAGCAGGAGGUAAUGGGUUGAUUCGUAUAGCACAUUGGCAUCCAGAACGCACUCAUGAAAUUGGGAAAGAUUCAGACGGUACCGUAAGAGAUUGGGUCGCUAUCUGGCGCCACAAGUGA